AUGAACCUCCUACCCUGCACUGUCCUGUUAUACAUCGCGUUAGUUUGCGCCUCACUGCCGAUCCUCAAUGCUACCAGUAUCCAUACAAAUUCCAGCGACUCUCCAUCCUACAGUAACACCAGGACCUUGUGGGACAUUAUCUGGAGCUGUGGUGCAACCUUAUUAGCAUGCACAUGGACUGCAAUUCAUCCGAACAUUCCGGGUAUGAACGAGGGGAAACUUACCAUUAUGCGCCGUCGUCUAUUCAUCAUGGUCGUGGCGUUGAUCAGCCCAGAACUCAUCAUCACCUGGGCCGCGUGGCAAUUUCUCAGUGCUCGUGCAGCUGCAAAGAAGUUCAAUAGUGACUUUGGUUCACAGUGUGCCCAGGCCCACCGCAGCCAUUGGGAUAUAUCAGAGAGCACAGCUACAUUUCUCGAUGACAUCCCAGACUCAAAUGAAAGAUAUAGUCAAAGUCCAAGCGCUCUCGGGUUCAAACCUUCAAAGUUUAGAGGUCGGCUUAGAUGGACAGUGGUGCAUGGGUUCUUUGCGUGUAUGGGUGGAUUCAUCCUCUAUGUCAAUGACGAACCACAAGGCACUCUUACACCCAAUGAACUCCGGCACUUUAUUUCUGAGGGAUAUGUGGAUAUGCCUGUCAUCACGGAGGAAGAGAUAGAAGAUCGAAGUAAGGGUGAUGGACUAUCCAAAGGCAUUGUAAUUCUUCAGUUGGCUUGGUUCAUCCUCCAGCUUGUCGCCCGUUACACACAGAACCUUCAGAUAACUGCCGCUUGA